UGUUUAUCACCAUGGCCGAGGAGGAGCACCCCAGUGUCUCUCUUCUCUUUGACAAAUGCCUGAAAAUACACGACGAAAUAGACAAAUCUGACCUACCCACAAACUCAGAUAGUCUACAGGUUAAGAUUAGAGAAGGUAUAGAUGGUUUAAUUAAAACAACAGUGUUGGUGUCAGAACUUGGAGUUUUCAGCCGUAAUGAAGUACUUGAUGAACUCCCUACGUCUUCUAUCAAAUUCCUCUUGUUGCCAGUUCUUCUGGGAUCCCUCUCUGUCAAGCGUACAGACUUUAAUCGUUUGGAAGUUCUUCGACUGGCAGACAUAUAUUACAGGGACUUUGUAAAGCGUUGUAAACAGUACGAGCUCACAGACGCUAAGUUACCUAAUGAUCAAAGUGAGGAAGAUGAUUCAAAUGAAGCUGAGUCAGAUAGAAAUAAUGUACCCAAAGCUUCUGUCAAAAAAGGAAUGCCAUCCCCAGAGGAACUUCAAAUAAUGGUCAAACAACGGGAAGAGAAAAUACGAAGAUUUAAAGAGAAGAAAGCUAUAGGAGAUCUGCUGGUUAAUCUUAAGAAAGCUCUUGAUAACCCAAGUUAUGAUGAAGAUACUUUAAGAAAAUAUUAUAUUACUAUGGUUAAGAAAUUUAUUUAUGAAAGUUUAGAAGAAUUGGAUAGCUUGACAAUGGAACGCACAAUGCUGCUGGAGAUGGAAGCCAUGAGGAAGAAAGGAACACUCCCAGACCCACAGCAAAUCCCCAAGGCGAAACCACUGAAGCCAAUCCUUAUUACCAGAGAUACAAUACAAAAUAAUGUGUUUGGUCUGGGAUACCCAAGUCUUCCAUCCAUGACAGUGGAAGAGUUUUAUGACCAACGCGUCAGAGAUGGCUGGUUUCCUGAUCCAACUAAAAGUCAGAAUUGCCAUCAGGACCGCACUACAUUUGGUCUGGAGUCAGAGAAAAAUGCUGAAGAACAAGAGGAGGAAGCCAAAGAAAAGGCAGAGGAGCAAGAUAACCCAGAAAAACUAGAACGAGAUAGAGAAUGGGAUGAGUGGCGGGACACUCACAAAAGAGGAUGGGGCAAUACUUAUAACAGAAGCUGAGGAAUGACUAUUACUCUGCUUCUCUCAAAAGAUGUUUUCAAUGUUUGCAAUCUGCUUAUGGAUGACAGUAUUUUGUCAUCUCUUGAUUUUUUCAUUCUAACAACAAAAGUAAAAGGGGUAGCUUAUAAACCAAUUAAACAUGAAUAUUUUUUCUUCAAAAUCUUUGUUGUUCAGACUAUGAUUUGUCUAUGAUUUGAUAAUGCAUUUUAAAUUUACCAUAAAUCUGAUGUCUCAGUUAUCAAGUUACUUGUGUAACAGAGUAGAAAAUAAAGUGAAACAUCAAA